CGGAGGAGUUUCCGUGGCCGCGUCCGGGCGGCCCCGAGGGCGCGGCGGGGGAGCCGCGUGGAGCCCAGAGCAGCCCGAGCCGCGGCGCCCAUGGCGGGCGGGGGAGCAGGGGAUUCCGGGGCGGCCGCAGCGGCCGCGGCGCCGGAGACCCGCGAGCACCUCUUCAAGGUGCUGGUCAUCGGCGAGCUCGGCGUGGGCAAGACCAGCAUCAUCAAGCGUUAUGUCCACCAGCUCUUCUCCCAGCACUACCGGGCCACCAUCGGCGUGGACUUCGCCCUCAAAGUCCUCAACUGGGACAGCAGGACACUGGUGCGCCUGCAGCUGUGGGACAUCGCGGGGCAGGAGCGAUUUGGCAACAUGACCCGAGUGUAUUACAAGGAAGCUGUUGGUGCUUUUGUAGUCUUUGAUAUAUCCAGAGGCUCCACUUUUGAGGCAGUCUUAAAGUGGAAAAAUGAUCUGGAUAGUAAAGUUCAUCUUCCCAGUGGCAGCCCUAUUCCUGCAGUCCUCUUAGCUAACAAGUGUGACCAGAAGAGGGAUGCUGCCCAGAGUCCUCUCCAGAUGGACCAGUUCUGCAAAGACCAUGGCUUCACUGGCUGGUUUGAAACCUCUGCCAAGGAUAACAUAAACAUAGAUGAAGCCGCCCGGUUCCUUGUGGAGAAUAUUCUCACAAACCACCAAAGCUUUUCUAGUGAAGAAAAUGAUGAGGGCAUAAUUAAACUGGAUCCGAAGAGCAUGACAGAAGCACGCAGAUCCCAGUGCUGCUGACGUGGCUUCUGGUUCUCAUGUGCCUGCCUCAGUCCUAAGCAUGUGCCCAAGAAUGUUGAUCAGUAACCCUCUGCACUGUUAAUCUCCCCACAGGUGCACAUCACAGUGCAACUCCACAGGGCACCGCUGCUCAUUUGAAAGUGGAACAGUUGGAGAAGUAUCCCUGCUAGUGGCCCUGCAGCUAAAUAGAUGACCCCCACCUAGGCUUUUGUUAUCGUUGCCAUCAUCUGCAGGAUCAUGUUUACAUCCCUUUAAACAGCUCUGUAAAUGAUUCCAAUGGUAGCUCUUAGUGUAAAUGCUCGGGGUGGUAAUAAAGCUUCCCUGUGGUGUUCCUUCCA